GCCCCCUAAUCUUUGUCUCUCUACCCUAUCUCUCCUCUCUCUUCAUUUCUCUCUCUCACUCUUAAUAUCUACCCACAAACGAAACCCCUAUAUAUACAUCUGAAUCCGCCAGAAUUCGAUCAAAUCGAGCGGAAGAAAGAAUGGCGACUUUCGAGCUUUACAGGAGAUCGACGAUCGGUAUGUGCUUGACUGAAACAUUGGAUCAGAUGGUUUCCGGUGGAAUUUUGACUCCGGAGCUCGCCAUUCAAGUUUUGAUUCAAUUCGACAAGUCGAUGACUGAAGCUCUAGAAAGUGAGGUGAAGAGCAAGGUUUCCAUUAAGGGGCAUCUUCAUACAUACCGAUUCUGUGACAACGUCUGGACCUUCAUAUUACAAAAUGCUCAGCUUAAGAGUGAGGAAGGCCAAGAAACUGUGGAUUCUGUCAAGAUUGUAGCAUGCGACUCAAAGUUACUAACCCAGUGAAAAAUCGAUGAAUUUGUUGCUGUUUUUUUAUAUAAAAAAAAAAUUAUGUGAAUCUGCUAGUGAACGGAGUUUUUUUCUCCGAUUUGUAUUUUCUGGUGAUAAUGUAGAAGAAAGGGGGUGGGAUGGGUGUGGAGUUGUACACUCUGCUAAUCAAACUCCUACUCAACUGUAAUGCAUACCCUUCGAGACGUUCGUAAUCUGUUUUGAGACGUUUAUAAUCUGCUUUAAAUAUUAUUGUUAUUAUUUUUAUUUUUU